AUGGAUCCCGUGACUAUGAAACCUAGAGAAGGUGGAUUAAAUGACCCUCGGCUGGGAUCAAUUGAUAGGAACUUUAGAUGUCAAACAUGUUCGGAGGAUAUGCAAGAGUGUCCAGGACAUUUCGGCCAUAUUGAAUUGGCUAAGCCUGUUUUUCAUAUAGGUUUCCUUGCAAAAAUAAAGAAAGUCUGUGAAUGUAUUUGUAUGAACUGUGGUAAAAUAUUGCUGGAUGAAAACACGAAUCCACAAUAUAGAGCCGCAAUCAAAAUUAGAGAUCCUAAGAAAAGGUUUAAUGCUGUUUGGACAUUAUGUAAGACCAAGAUGGUUUGUGAUGUCGACCCCCCUGAAGAUUCUGAUGAUGAUGAGGAUGAUGAAGGCAUUCAUCGCCAUAGAAGAGGAGGGUGCGGUAGUGUCCAGCCAUCUAUAAGGAAAGACGGACUAAAGUUAUGGGGUACUUGGAAAAAAUCUAACGUUGAUGAGGAGACUGAAAAUCUAGAAAGAAGACAAAUAACAGCAUCCGAUAUUCUCAAUGUUUUCAGGCAUAUAUCACCAGAGGAUUGUCAUAGAUUGGGUUUUAACGAAGAAUGGGCAAGACCUGAGUGGAUGCUCUUAACUGUUUUACCAGUUCCGCCUCCUCCUGUUAGGCCAUCAGUUGCGUUUACCGACUCUAAAAGGUCCGAAGAUGAUUUAACAUAUAAAUUGGCCGAUAUCCUAAAGGCGAAUAUUAAUGUCCAGAAGUUUGAAAUGGAUGGCUCACCGCAGCAUGUUAUAAGUGAAUUUGAAGCAUUACUUCAAUAUCAUGUUGCUACUUAUAUGGAUAAUGAUAUUGCUGGUCAGCCGCAGGCUCUACAGAAAUCAGGUAGACCGAUCAAAUCUAUUAGAGCUCGUCUUAAGGGUAAAGAGGGUCGUUUGAGAGGUAACUUGAUGGGUAAGAGAGUUGAUUUUUCCGCCAGAACAGUCAUUUCUGGUGACCCCAACUUGGAGUUAGACCAAGUUGGUGUUCCUAGAUCUAUUGCAAGGACUCUAACUUAUCCCGAGAUUGUUACACCUUAUAAUAUUCAAAAGUUAACUGAAAUGGUCAGAAAUGGUCCCAAUGAACACCCAGGUGCCAAGUAUGUUAUUAGAGAAAAUGGUGACAGGAUUGACUUAAGAUUUAACAAAAGAGCGGGUGAUAUUCAACUUCAAUAUGGCUGGAAAGUUGAACGUCAUUUAAUGGAUAAUGAUCCGGUGUUAUUCAAUCGUCAGCCUUCUUUACAUAAGAUGUCUAUGAUGUGUCACAGGGUCAAAGUUAUGCCAUAUUCCACAUUCAGAAUGAAUUUAUCCGUUACAUCACCUUACAAUGCUGAUUUCGAUGGUGAUGAAAUGAACUUGCAUGUUCCUCAAUCUUACGAAACCAGAGCUGAACUAUCCGAGCUUUGUGCGGUUCCUUUGCAGAUCAUUUCUCCGCAAUCAAAUAAGCCUGUCAUGGGUAUUGUUCAAGACACAUUGUGUGGUGUCAGAAAAAUGACACUAAGAGACACAUUUAUAGAAUAUGAUCAAGUUAUGAAUAUGUGCUAUUGGAUUCCAGAUUGGGAUGGUGUUGUUCCUCAACCGGCUAUCUUGAAACCAAAACCUCUUUGGUCGGGAAAACAAAUUCUUUCUCUUUGUAUUCCAAAUGGUAUAUUUCUGCAGAGGCUAGAUGGAUCACUCACAUCGCCUAAGGAUUCGGGAAUGUUAAUCGUCAAUGGGGAAAUCAUGUUUGGUGUUGUUAAUAAAGCAACUGUGGGUGCCUCUGCCGGAGGAUUGAUUCAUACCACUAUGAGAGAAAAGGGCCCUACAACAUGUGCCAAGAUGUUUGGUAACAUCCAAAAAGUUGUGAACUAUUGGCUACUUCAUAAUGGUUUCUCGAUCGGUAUUGGAGAUGCGAUCGCAGAUCCAGAAACUAUGAAAACCAUUACUGAGACUAUCAAGGAAGCUAAGGAUAAAGUUCAAACAGUCAUUCGUGAAGCACAAAAGAACUUACUGGAAGCUGAACCAGGUAUGACUCUUAGAGAAUCUUUUGAACAAAAGGUCUCUAAAAUCUUGAAUGAAGCUAGAGAUGCUGCUGGUAAAUCUGCAGAAACGUCCUUGAAGGACUCUAAUAAUGUUAAACAGAUGGUUACUGCAGGUUCUAAAGGUUCCUAUAUCAAUAUUUCACAGAUGUCUGCCUGUGUCGGUCAGCAAAUCGUUGAAGGUAAGCGUAUUAAUUUUGGUUUUGCAGAUCGUUCAUUACCGCAUUUCACAACUGAUGAUUACUCCGCUGAAUCAAAGGGUUUUGUUGAAAAUUCAUACUUGCGGGGCCUAACUCCACAAGAAUUCUUCUUCCAUGCGAUGGCCGGUAGAGAAGGUUUGAUCGAUACUGCCGUUAAAACUGCAGAAACCGGAUAUAUUCAAAGACGUCUUUUGAAGGCAUUGGAAGAUAUCAUGGUGCAUUAUGAUGGUACCACCAGGAACUCUUUGGGUGAUGUCAUUCAAUUUAUUUAUGGUGAAGAUGGUUUGGAUGCAACUACUGUUGAAAAACAAACAGUCGAUACCAUACCUGGUUCUAAUGCUGCCUUUGAAAAGAAAUACCGUGUUGAUCUCAUGGAUGAGAAGAAAUCCAUUCGUCCUGAUGUUGUUGAGUACGGUAGUGAAAUUUUGGGGGACAUCAAAUUGCAAAAAAUUUUAGAUGAAGAAUAUGAGCAACUACUAAAGGACAGAGAAUAUUUAAGAACUGUAGUGUUCCCAGAUGGUGAAAAUAAUUGGCCAUUACCUGUCAACGUUAGAAGAAUUGUUCAAAAUGCUCAACAAAUUUUCCAUGUUGAUCGUUACAAGGCUAGCGAUCUAACCAUAGAAGAAAUUGUCAAAAGUGUUCAGGAAUUAUGUAAAAAAUUCACUGUUGUCAGAGGUGACGGUGGUUGUUUGACUGAAGCAAGGGAAAAUUCUACUUUGUUAUUCCAAUGUUUAAUUAGAUCAAAAUUGGCUACUAGACGAGUUUUAGAAGAAUACAAACUCAACAAAGAUGCGUUUGAGUGGGUUGUUGGUACUAUUGCACAACAAUUCGCUAGAUCACUUGUCAAUCCUGGUGAGAUGGUUGGUGUUGUUGCCGCGCAAUCUAUUGGUGAACCUGCCACCCAAAUGACUUUAAAUACUUUCCAUUAUGCGGGUGUUUCUUCUAAAAACGUUACUUUGGGUGUUCCUAGAUUAAAGGAAAUUUUAAAUGUGGCAAAGAACUUCAAGACCCCAGCUUUGACCGUAUACUUGGAGGAAGAGUAUGCCACCGAUAUUGAAAAAGCGAAGAGUAUUCAGUCUGCAAUUGAGCAUACUUCUCUUAAAAACGUCACUGCAUGCACUGAAAUCUACUAUGAUCCAGAUCCUAGAACCACUGUUAUAGAAGAGGAUUUCGAUACUGUUGAAGCAUAUUUUGCUAUUCCUGAUGAAAAGGUGGAAGAAAACCUACAUAAACAAUCUCCUUGGCUACUUAGAUUGGAACUGGAUAGAGCUAAAAUGUUGGAUAAACAGCUAAGUAUGCAGCAGGUGGCUGCCAAAAUUAUGGAAAAUUUUGGUGAUGAUCUUUUUGUUAUUUGGUCUGAAGAUAAUGCUGAUAAAUUGGUCAUCAGAUGCAGAAUCGUCAGAGAAGAAAAGGCUUUAGAUGAAGAAGAAGAAGAUACUGAAGACGGGUUGUUGAAGGCACUUGAAGCUCAAAUGUUAGAGUCAAUUACUUUGAGAGGUGUCAGUGGAAUUUCCAGAGUUUUUAUGAUGAAGUACGAUAAGACGUAUAUUGCCGAAGAUGGUGAUUUUGCAAAGAAACAAGAAUGGGUUCUAGAAACUGACGGUAUCAAUCUUGCAGAUGUUAUUACCGUUGAAGGCAUUGAUACCACGAGAACAUACUCCAACUCUUUCGUUGAGAUUUUGUUUGUUUUUGGUAUUGAAGCUGCGAGAAGUGCAUUGUACAAAGAGAUUCUUAAUGUCAUUGCAUUCGAUGGUUCAUAUGUUAACUAUAGACAUUUGGCCUUAUUGGUCGAUUUAAUGACUUACAAAGGACAUCUAAUUGCUAUUUCUAGACAUGGUUUUAAUAGAAAUGACACUGGUGCGUUGAUGAGAUGUUCUUUUGAAGAGACUGUUGAAAUUCUUUUUGACGCUGGUGCAUCUGCUGAACUAGACACUUGUGAUGGUGUCUCUCAAAAUAUUAUCUUGGGUCAAAUGGCUCCUUUUGGUACGGGAUCAUUUGAUGUCUACUUAGAUGAUGAAAAGCUAGCUGCUCUACCAUCUGAGAAUCCUGUAGAUGUCAUAUCCACUGCAAAGGAUACUAAGGGAUCUAUGACUGUUUACGGUGAUGAUCAUUUCAAAGAUGACAUUAUUGACAUCCCAAUGGCAGCUGAUAAUGUGGCCUUCUCGCCUCUUAUCACUGCAGGAUCAGGUGAUGAUAGAUCUGGCGGGUUCACUGAGUAUGGUAGUGGAAACAUGUCUGCAUAUCAGCCAACUUCUCCUUUUGGCUAUGGUGCAACUUCGCCAAGCUAUGGACCUACCUCCCCUAGCUAUGGACCUACCUCUCCAAGCUACAGUCCGACUUCCCCUUCAUAUUCUCCUACUUCCCCUGCCUACAGUCCUACUUCCCCUGCCUACAGUCCUACUUCCCCUGCCUACAGUCCUACUUCCCCUGCCUACAGUCCAACUUCCCCUGCCUACAGUCCAACUUCCCCUGCCUACAGUCCAACUUCCCCUGCCUACAGUCCUACUUCACCUUCAUACUCCCCAACUUCUCCAUCAUAUUCUCCUACUUCACCUUCAUAUUCUCCUACUUCACCUUCAUAUUCCCCAACAUCCCCUUCCUACAGUCCGACAUCUCCACAAUACUCUCCAACUUCACCACAAUACUCUCCAACUUCUCCUCAAUACUCACCAACCUCACCACAGUACUCUCCAACUUCACCACAGUACUCUCCCACUUCUCCUCAAUACUCCCCAACCUCACCACAGUACUCACCAACUUCCCCUCAAUACUCCCCAACCUCACCACAGUACUCACCAACUUCUCCACAGUACUCUCCAACUUCUCCUCAAUACUCUCCUACUUCCCCUCAGUAUUCUCCAACAUCCCCUCAAUAUAAUCCAUCCUCUAAUUCGGAUGCUAACAAGUAA